GUGGUUCCUAAUGUUACUUACCAGUGCAUGGACCUGAAUCUCUACAAAAUCCCUGAUAACAUCCCCACAUCAACAAAGAACCUGGACCUGAGUUUUAACCCCCUGAAUCGUUUAGGCAGUCAUACCUUCUCCAGAUUCUCAGAACUGCAGACGCUGGAUUUAUCCAGGUGUGAAAUUCAGAUGAUUGAAGACGAUGCAUAUCAAGGCCUGCACCAUCUCUCGACCUUGAUACUGACAGGAAACCCUAUCCAGAGGUUAGCCCCGGGAGCCUUUUCUGGACUGUCGAGCUUACAGACACUGGUGUUUGUGGAGACAAAACUAGCAUCUCUAGAGGACUUCCCCAUUGGGCAUCUGAAAACCCUGAAGAAGCUUAACGUGGCUCACAAUCUUAUUGAUUCCUUCAAGUUACCCAAAUAUUUUUCUAACUUGCCUAAUCUGGAGCACUUGGACCUUUCCAAUAACGAGAUCCGAAAUAUUUACCAUAAAGACUUGCAGGUUCUACAUCAAAUGCCCCCAUUCAAACUCUCUUUAGACUUGUCUCUCAACCCUUUAGACUUUAUCCAACCAGGUGCCUUUGAAAAAAUGAAGCUCCAUGAACUGACUCUGAGAAGUAAUUUUGAUAGUGCAGCCGUCAUGAAAACUUGUAUUAAAGGUCUGGCUGGCUUAGAGAUCAAUCGGUUAGUUCUGGGAGAAUUUAGGAAUGAAAGGGCCUUGGGAGAGUUCGACGGAUCUGCCCUGGAGGGCCUGUGCAAUUUGACCAUUGAAGAAUUCCGGAUAGCACGCUUCGAAGAAUUCCCAGAUGAUGAUCUUGGCUUUUUAAAUUGUUUGGCAGAUGUUUCUACAAUUUCUCUGGUGAGUCUGUAUGAAGACAGGCUAGGCAGCUUUCCUAAAGAUUUCAAAUGGCAAAACUUAAAAUUGACAAAUUGCAAAUUUAGACAUUUUCCUGAAUUGGAGCUCGCCUUUCUCAAAAAGUUUGUUUUCACUGCCAACAGAGGUAUGACCAGUUUUACUACACUUACACUACCAGCCCUCGAGUUUCUAGACCUCAGUAGAAAUAGCUUGAGUUUCAAGGGUUGCUGUUCUCAGAAUGAUUUUGGGACAACCAGACUGAAACACUUAGAUCUGAGCUUCAAUGAUAUUAUUACCAUGAGUUCAAACUUCUUGGGCUUAGAGCAACUAGAAUAUCUGGAUUUCCAGCAUUCCAAUCUGAAACAGGCUAGUGAUUUUUCAGUAUUCCUGUCACUCAAAAACCUCCGUUACCUUGAUAUUUCUUAUACUAACACCAGAGUUGUCUUCCAGGGCAUCUUUAAUGGCCUGGUCAGCCUCGAAGUCUUGAAAAUGGCUGGCAAUUAUUUUCAGGAUCACUUUCUUCCAAAUAUCUUUACAGAUCUGACUAACGUGACCUCCCUGGACCUCUCUAAGUGUGAACUGGAGCGGGUGUCCCAGGAGGCAUUCAGCUCACUCCUUAAACUUCAGGUGUUAAAUAUGAGCCAUAACAACCUCUUGUCCUUGGAUAUGCUUCCUUAUGCAAACCUCCAGCUCCAGGUUCUGGACUGCAGUUUUAAUCGGAUAGUGGCCGCCAAGGGGCAAGAACUGCACCAUUUCCCAAGUAGCGUAACUUCCUUAAACCUCACGCAGAAUGGCUUUGCUUGCCUUUGUGAACACGCGAGCUUCCUGCAGUGGGUCCAGGACCACAGGCACCUCUUGGUGGGAGCUGAACAGAUGACAUGCAAGAAACCUGUAGGCAUGCAGGGUGUGCCCGUGCUCAGUUUUAGAAAUGCCACCUGUCAGAUGAGCAAGACUGCCAUUAGCCUGUCGGUUAUCUCUGCGGUCGUGGUGUCGGUCACAGCGGUUCUGGUCUAUAAGUUCUAUUUCCACCUGAUGCUUCUGGCGGGCUGCAAGAAGUAUGGCAAAGGUGAAAGCACCUACGAUGCCUUUGUCAUCUACUCGAGCCACGACGAGGACUGGGUGAGGAAUGAGCUGGUGAAGAACCUGGAGGAGGGCGUGCCCCCCUUCCAGCUCUGCCUUCACUACAGAGACUUUGUUCCCGGCGUGGCCAUCGCCGCCAACAUCAUCCAGGAGGGUUUCCACAAGAGCCGGAAGGUCAUUGUCGUAGUGUCCCAGCACUUCAUCCAGAGCCGCUGGUGCAUCUUCGAGUAUGAGAUCGCCCAGACCUGGCAGUUCCUGAGCAGCCACGCGGGCAUCAUAUUCAUCGUCCUGCAGAAGGUGGAGAGGUCCCUGCUCCGGCAGCAGGUGGAGCUCUAUCGCCUUCUCAGCAGGAACACCUACCUGGAGUGGGAGGACAGUGUCCUGGGGCGCCACAUCUUCUGGAGACGGCUCAGGAAGGCCUUGCUGGACGGGAAACCCUGGAGCCCAGAAGGGACAGCGGACGCGGAAAGCAGCCAGCAGGAAGCGGCAACCUCCAUGUGAGGCGCACGCUCCUCGG